AUGUCGUCGCCGGCAGAGGCCGCCCGGGAGCAUGUGGAGAAAAUCCGGCGUGACCGCUACUACAUCGGCCGAGGCGAGCAGAACCCGCUGUCGGAGGACAUGCACCAGGCGGUGAACUACCUGAGCCAGGAGCUCUACUCCAAGGAUGUGCACUUCCUUAUGGAGAUCGUCCAGAACGCUGAAGAUAAUGAGUACCCUGAUAAAGUAGCACCAUCAUUGGAGUUUCUGGUAACAGCAAAGGACAUCACAGGAUCUGGUGUAUCGUCAACACUACUCAUUUUCAACAAUGAGAGGGGAUUCUCUAAAUCAAAUAUUGAGUCCAUCUGUCGUGUGGGGAAGUCAACGAAAAAGGGAAACAGGGACAAGGGUUACAUUGGAGAGAAAGGUAUUGGAUUCAAAAGUGUGUUCCUGAUAUCGAGCCAGCCCCAUAUUUUCAGCAACGGGUAUCAAAUCAAGUUUGAUGAGAAGCCUUGUGUAGAAUGUAAUAUUGGAUACAUUGUCCCUGAGUGGAUUGAAUCCAGAACUAUUCUUUCUGACAUCAAACAGAUAUAUGGGUGUUCCAAAAACCUUCCGACAACCUGUAUCGUCCUGCCUUUGAAGGGUGAGAAGGUUUCCGCAGUGAAGCAACAGUUGUCAAGUUUGCAUCCAGAGAUGCUCCUAUUUCUGUCAAAGAUCAAGCGGCUUUCUGUCCGAGAAGAUAAUUGCAACCCUAAGUGCAGCACUGUUAGUGAGAUUGCAAUAUUGAGUGAGAAGAACUAUGAAAUGAGGAAGAGCAUGCACGCAGAGUCUUACACAGUCCAUUUGUCAGCUCAAGAGAAUGAGAACGAAGAAGAGUGUGGGUACUAUAUGUGGAGGCAAAAGUUCGCUGUCAAACCAGAGAAUAGAGUGGACAAACGUACUGAAAUUGAUGAGUGGGUCGUCACACUAGCAUUUCCACAUGGAGAGCGUCUAUCUCGUGGGAAGCAUCUAUCCCCCGGUGUAUAUGCUUUCCUUCCCACUGAGAUGGUAACAGGCUUCCCCUUCAUCAUUCAGGCGGACUUCCUCCUUGCAUCGUCAAGAGAGGCAAUAUUGUUUGAUAGUCCAUGGAACAAGGGAAUUCUAGAGUGUAUCCCAAGUGCUUUCAUGAAUGCCUUCAUAGCACUUGUGAAGUCCGGAGCAGAUGCACCAGCAAUGUCCCUUCCAUUAAUGUUCCGUUUCCUACCAAUCGAUUCUUCACUAAUCCCUUUACUUGAGCCAGUUAGGUCUGGCAUCAAAGAGAAGGUUCUCAUCGAGGAUAUAAUUCCAUGUGAGUCUCAUACUCCACAAAAGUUAUUUUGCAAGCCUCGUGAGGUUUCCCGGCUCAAUCGAAAAUUUUGGGAUAUUCUUAUCAAGGGGAGAGAAUCUGGUUUGGACCUUAGGAACCUGUCAACCCAUGGAACCUACAUUCUCAGCUCUCAUUUUGACAAGAGUGAUUACAAUAGUGUUCUUGCAUUUCUGGAUGUCAAAAACGUAAGCCCCGAAUGGUAUGCAAAAUGUGUUGAGGGCUCUAACCUUGUCAACGAGGUAAAUGAACAUCUUUAUCUGGAACUUUUGUCAUUCGUUGUAGACAAUUGGCAAAACUUUUCCAGUACAAACAUGGUGUCCAUUCCCCUGCUGAAGCAUGUUAACAGGAAUGGUGUUCUCUCUCUGUGGAGCAUAGCUAGAUCUAGUCAGCGGAAUGAUAGAUUGUGUAUUGCAUCUAACAAGAAUUUGAUGUCAUGGCUUAUUAGCUGGAAUCGGGAGUUUCCAGCUUCUAACUGCCUGUUUAUGGAUCCCAGUACACAGAAAGCUCUAGAAGGUUUCUCACAGAAGAAAAAAGUGACAGAUUGGCUGCAAAACCAUGCAAAAGUGGAGAUUGUAUCUGUCCACAGUUACGGAAAGAUUGUGGUUGAUUCCUUGAACAAUGAAAGAAGGGCUGUCAUUGCUUUUUCUCACUUUCUGUAUCACUCAUCCAAUAAGAAUUACAUGGAGAGCUACCUCUUAGCAGAUUUGUGCCGCAUCAUGCCGGUAAUUGACAACUAUGGCAAUGUAGUGACGGAAAGAGAAAGCAUUUUAGUUCCUGCAAAUGGUAGCAAAUGGAUUGGACUGAUAGGCACAAAUCCAUGGAAGAAUGAGAAAUACGUUGAGCUGUCGGCAGAAUACAAGUCAGCGGGCUGUUUUGCCGGGAACUCCACACCUGAAGGCCACGUCUUAGAUUUUCUAAAGACAAAGUUGCAGGCCUCGGAUGUGCCCUUCAUACACCCUCCAAAUGCAAGUUUCCUGAAAGUCUCAUCACCUCUAACUGUGGACAAUGCAAUCUUGCUAUUGCAGUGGUUACGGAACUUGAAGUCAAAAGGUGUACGAUUACCAGCUAGAUUCUUGGCUUGUAUAAAAGAGGGAAGUUGGCUGAAGACAUCAGUUGGGUACAAGCCACCGACCGAAUCAUUUAUGUCCAGUUCUGAGUGGGGAAAUCUAUUGCAAAAUGGAUCUUCCUUUGUUGAUAUACCAAUGAUCGAUCAACAGUUCUAUCAAAACAAAAUGCUUAUGUACAAGGAGGAACUUAAGGUGAUUGGGGUAAGAUUUGAAUUUGGGGAGGCGUCAACCUACAUUGGAAGCCAUCUCAUGUCAAAGGCUGCAAGCAAUAUGCUAACCAAAGAGAAUGUAUAUGAACUGCUUCGUCUGAUUCGAUUUCUUCAAGAGAAGGUGUUGUCGCCAAGUGAACUGAUCGACAGUGUGAAAGAUGGGCGUUGGAUGAAGACUACUCUGGGCUACAGGUCUCCUACCUGUUGUAUUAUCUAUGAUUCAGACUGGGCAGUGGCAUCUUGUAUCAGUAACCAACCAUUCCUGGAUGUCAAAUUCUAUGGCGAGGCCAUCCUUACAUACAAACUAGAGCUGAAGUUGCUUGGCGUUCUAAUUGGGUUUGAAAAUAGUGAAAAGAACUAUAAGCUUAUAAUUGACAAUUUCGAGUUCAGUUCUUCAUCUAUUACUUCUGAUGCUACUGCACUAAUCCUCAAGUGUAUCCGGUAUGCUAGACCCUGUGAUGUAUUCUUGAGCAAGCUCAGAGUUUUGAAAUGGUUGAAGACAAAUGUGGGAUUCUGUGCCCCCAGUGAAUCUUUUCUCCUGGAUCCGGAAUGGGAGUGCCUUCUAAUGGUGUUCAAUGGAAUCCCUGUAGUUGAUUCUCGAUUUUAUGGGGGUAAGAUCAGUCCGUACAAAGAAGAGUUGAAGAAGACAGGACUGAUCACAAAAUUUGACGAGGCAUCGAAGGCUAUGGCAAAUAUUUUCAAGCAAAUGGUCCUGAAAUCAUCGCUCACAAAGAUAAGUGUCCUGGGUCUACUAAAAUGUUAUCGGCAACUGAGAACACAUGACCCAAUUCCUGUUGAGAUUUUCCGUUGCAUGCGGAGUGAGAACUGGCUGUGCACAUCGCUGGGAUUCAGGUCUCCCUCGGAGGCAAUCUUAUUUGAUGAGGAUUGGCAGUCUCUGUCACCAAUAGCAAAGUUACCUUUCAUCAAUGAUGCUGACUCGUUUGAUGGUUUAAGCAAAGAGAUACAUGGUUACAAAGAUGAACUGAAAGAUUUAGGUGUUACAACAGAAUUGAAAGCUCAUGGAGCUAGGUUUGUCAUUGCCGGUCUCGACAUUCCUGAAGACCCUGCAGUUAUUUCUGCAGCUACCGUCUUGUCGUUGCUUGGGUCUGUCCGGAGCUGGUUGGCUUGUAUACCUGAAAUUCCCAAGGACUUUAUGGAGAAAAUCACCAGCUGCAGGUGGUUGAGAACAACACUAGGGUACCGAUCUCCUAAGGAGUGCAUACUCUUUGAACCAAAGCAGCCUUCCAUCCACAUAAAAGAUGGCCCUUUCAUCGAUGAAUCUUUUUAUGGUUUAGAGAUAGCCUCGUUCAAGGAUGCCCUUGCGGCAAUUAGAGUUACCGUGGAUGUUAGAAGUGGAGGUGAUCUUGUUGCUCAAUAUCUGAGGAACCACAAAGAAACUGCUACUAUUACCCGGAUCUACAUGUACCUUAAGGAGUGCAAUUGGAGUCCUGCGGACAAAGAGAGUGAUUGGAUUUGGAAACCAAAUGAACUGGAAGGUGGAGAAUGGGUGAGCCCGCUAAGCUCUGUCCUACGUGAUCCGAGCAAUCUUUUCAGCCCGCAGCUGAAUGUCUUGGACAGAUACUAUGACAAGGAGCUGCUUGUCUUCUUUUCAUCUGUUUUUGGUGUCAGGCAUGGCCCUGGUGCUGAAGACCAUUCCAAACUAUGGAGAACAUGGGAGAUCUCGGGCAGUGAGAUAUCUGUAGCUGAUUGCUCUGCCUUCUGGCAGUUCAUUGCGAGGAACUGGAGCAAGAACACGGAAAAGCUUCUUUCUGAUUUUGUUAAGGUUCCAGUUUGUGCUGAUGGGAAGAUCACUUUAUCGCAGAAGAAGGAUGUGUUUAUUCCUGAUGAUCUACUGCUCAAGGAUUUGUUUGAAAAGCUUCCUCAGCAAUCAAUUUUUAUCUGGUAUCCUUCUUCCAGCCUUUCUGUAUCUCGAGCAAGGCUAAACAGCAUAUAUGGUAGUAUUGGAGUUCAGGCAAUAUCCAAAGCAGCCAAGACGAACGAUUCUUUCACCUUGGAGGGUGGCAAUUGUCAAACAGUUGAUCAGUGUAAGGUGAUUAGUGUUGGUUUGCUCCGAACUGUUCUUGGUUUCCUUGCCGAUCCUGCUCUGGACAUUUCUUGCAAAGAGCGGCACACGAUGGUUUCUUGCCUGCUGAAUGUGAGUGUCCUAGAGACCAAGAAACCAAUCACAGUGAGAUACUGUGUGCAGUUAUCUUCUGCAAAGUCUGUGGAUGUGAAGGCCAACCGAAUGAUCCGAUGGGAGAGGGAGAACUCGACACUGUAUGUGCAGCAAAGAAAUGGUGCAGCCGGUUAUAAAGAAAAGAUUGAGUAUGCAACAAACUUCGCGGACGAGAUAUCUCAAGGAUUGCUCUUUGAGAUGCCAGACAGUAUCCCUUCACUCGCUGAACUCAUAAAGCUUGGCAGCUUAGUGGACUUCCAGGAUGCCGCUCUUGAAUACUUGUUGAAAUCGAAGAAUCUGCAGCUGUUCCCUGAAGAUGAGGCUUUCCUGAAUGCCACAUCACUAGGUGGCAGCAAGAAAUGUUAG